ACGCACCUCAGGAAAAACAACCCCGCGGCCAUGGCACAAGCAUGGACACCGCUCAGUGAAGUGGGUUAGAGGCUUCAUGGGGGAUUCAUCGCCUCUUUAACACAUCAGAGACUCAGCGAGUGUUUGUUAGAGUUCAGAUUUCAAAGAGCAGCGACUCACUCGUUUAUUCUCGUCCGCGACUGAAGAAGUUAUAAAAUGUUUUACACGUCAGAGCUGAUAAAACAUGUUUACUGCUGGGAUACACCUGUCAGAGGUUAAAGUCAGAUAAAUGAACACUGUCGGCUCAUUAUAACGCCAUUUUCAGGACAGCAGCUGCCUCCAGGUGUCCACUGACAGGAUGAUCUACAUCAUAAUGGGAGUGUCAGGCUGUGGAAAAAGCACGUUGGGGGCCUUCCUAUCAGAAAAGUUGGGCUGGCCGCUGCAUGAAGGGGACGACUUCCACCCACCGGAGAACAUUGAAAAAAUGGCUCGGGGUGAACCAUUGACAGACCAGGACAGAUUGCCUUGGCUUCUCAAAGUGCAUGAAGUUAUUGAGAGAGAAAGGUGUUCUGGCACCGAUGCUCUCGUUGUUUGCUCCGCCCUGAAGCGCCUCUACAGACAGAUCCUCCUCCACGGUUCCCGAGCCCUCGCAUCCCCUUCCAGUCGAGCCGGAGACAUCCUGCCUCCUACCUUUCCCGAUGUCUUUUUCAUCUUCCUACACGGCGACUACGAUCUCCUUCACCAGAGGAUGGUGGCUCGCAGAGGACAUUACAUGAAAGCGGAUCUGCUGCGUUCCCAGUUCGACGCCUUGGAGCCUCCGACGGAUGACGAGAACGUUUUGCCGAUGGACAUCAGGAGGAGCAUCCCUGACAUAGCCAUGGAGGUCGAGAGGCACGUCACGAGCCUCAAGACGUCUCCAGUGACUUGACCCCCGCAGCAGAUCAGAGGAGAGUGGUAGGAUGUUCGGUCCAGACUGAAAUAUCUAAUCUAACAUCAGUGAAAUGUCUCGGGAUCAUUCACGGCUUCCAGAUGAUGAAUCCUCUUUUGGUAAUUUUCUGACUUUUCUGCCAACAUGACUUAGACAUUUGUUGUUUUUUUAGCUAUUACAUGUGGUUCAGACAUUCAGGGUCCAUACAGAAUAUAUUUAGUACCUUUAGUAAUCUUCUCACCUUCUUCUAGCACCAUCAUCAUGUCAACAGUCUGAUCAGUCCACUGCUCCAUUUAGGACCAAACACCUGCAACAACUGAUAUUAUUUGAACAUUAUCUUUGGCUUUAGAUUGUAUUUAGUGCUAAUUAUGGAACAGUAGCAUGUGAACACGCUAAACUAAAACCUUAAAGACAUCCGGUCAACAUCAGCACUGUAGCCGUGCCAUUGUUAGCAUGUUAGCAUUCAACUGUUACCAUGUUAAUUUAGCUUAAAGCAAACACUGUGCCUUCAGUAAUGAGAGCUUCACAGAGGUGCUGACUGAAGACUUUAUAUCAUUUCACGAUCCGUCUGGUUCAAAUCUCAGUGAACAUGAGACGUUGCAAGAACCACAGAGAAGUUUGAGCUGCAGUGGAGGAUUUAGUUUGAUCUACUAAUUAGCGCAGAAUCUGUAUGAUCCUGUUGAAAACUGCAGCUAGUUAUCUGAAAAUAUUUCAAAGCACAGUCUGAGUGCCAUUCCAGUAUUUUCUGCAGAGAAUUUAAUAUUGAAAGAUUUGAAUUGGGACCAAAUGUGUUUUUUUUUCUUUUUUGGGUGAUUGAGAACAAAGAAAAGGUCUGAAUACUCACUCAAACAGUUAGAGAUCGUGUGGACGUUUGCUCUUUUUGAUCUUGGGAAGAUGAUUGUGAUGGUUGACUUGUAAAAGUCAUUAUGAAGGUUCAGUGUUUCACAGUAUUUUUGUUGAGGAAAGAAAUGAUGAACAGAUGCCUUGAGUUAGUUUUCCUUACAAAAGAAACAAAAGCAGAAGUUUUAAUAAACUCUUAAACAGAACAUCAAUCUGAUCAAGCAAUGACUUUUAUUGAUUUUAUAGAUCCGUUUUCAUUGUGACAUGUUUAUAUCAGAUGUGCAACAUUUCCAGGGGAGGUUUUUCCCUUUUUUUAAGGUUUUGCAGUCACUGUGUCGGGAUGAUUCCCAGUUGCAUGGGCACAGGAAUAUGAAAUAAAAAUGAACUGAUGAAGGUUUUUCUUUAA